CCGUGCCAUCUGUAGGAGCGGGAGCCAAGCGUGAGAGCUUUGCCGCUUGUCCGUACCUAGGGGCGCAUCGCAUCGCCUGUGCAGUCGAGAACGCAAUUGUCUUUGGCUACUCGGGAUUUAUAUUAUCCUCCUCUCCUCCAAUCUUCUCCUUGCUCGCUCCUGCGUUCCCUGCAAGCAAAGCAAAAGAGUUACUCCACCAUGGACUUGUUGUCCUUGGCUCAGAUGCAGCAAAGGCCUGAGGAUCCAUAUUUACCUCCAGGCUUCCGGUUUCAUCCCACGGACGAAGAGCUGGUGUACUACCUGACCAGGAAAGUUCUCUUCAGUAGCUUUAGAAUCAGUGCAAUUGCCGAAGUUGACCUCAACAAGUGCGAGCCUUGGGAUCUGCCGUCCAAAGCGAGCAUGGGAGAGAAGGAAUGGUACUUCUACACUCUAAGAGACCGGAAGUAUCCGACUGGAAUGAGGACCAACAGGGCCACUGAAGCUGGAUACUGGAAGGCAACCGGGAAGGACCGAAACAUAAACAGCUCUCGGACGUCCUGUCUGGUGGGUAUGAAGAAAACUCUCGUCUUCUACAGGGGAAGAGCUCCAAAGGGGCUCAAGAGCAACUGGAUCAUGCACGAAUACCGCCUGGAAGGGGAACUGCUUUUCUUCAACUGCUCACAGGAUUCCGAAUGGGUGAUAUGUCGCGUUUUCCAGAAGUUCCCCGGCAGCAAAAAGGCGCUGAGGGAAUCCAGCAACCUCGCCAGGGACCCGCACUAUGUGAUAGGGGCUCAGCAAGUUCACACCUCACUGCCUCCCCUGCGAGACGACUCCCCUCACGUUACAGUCACCGAAGAAGCUGUUGCUGAUAGUAGCGAGACGAGCCAGAACGACCAGGUCCCAAGCUUCUCUGACACUUCCUUCCUCAAGGAGCAAAGGCACAACGCCUGGCAGCCCCGAGUACAAGUCGCGGCUGCCGAUACUAAUCCAGACACAAUGCUGCACCACCCCUCUAUAGCAGCAGCAGCAGCAGCAGCAGCACCGCCUGACAUUAGCGAAUUAAAGCUUCCAACUUGUUUCGCGGCUCAAGCCAACCUUGGCAGCUUACCAGCACUCGAAUCGUACACCUUCACCACCACCGGUAACUUCUCCAAGCCAAGGCCCGACUUCUCAACGUUUCACCACCUCCAAAACCAGCCCAGCCAACCUCUCGUCCCGGACAUUAACUCGCUCAAGGCUCUCGACCAGUUUUCACGGUCGCUGAGCGGUCCAUACUCGGUGGCCAAAGCUGGCAUACGGGCGUGCAAGGUGGAGCCCAAGUCCGCACCGCCGAUGCAUCAACCCGUGUACCAGCCCAUGGACGUAAACACCGCCGGAUGGUUGAACGAGAGUCACCCUCACUACCUUGCUCUGUGCACCACCACUCUUCAGCAAAACUUCCCCUCCGGAGCUUCGUUCUCUCUCACGGAUUCCGCUGGCACCGACGAAGUCCCACCGAAUCUCUACCGAGCGGUUGCUCCGUCGUCUUCGUCGGCGGAAAUGGACACGCUGUGGAGUUACUGACAGAGGCCUCUUGUCGACUUGAGAUUCGGACGGUAACAAACAACGCUCGCGUCGACCAGCGGAUGUCGAGAGCAGCGACGACGAUUCACAACCGACUGAAGUUCCAGGCUCCAACUGGACCGAAUGGAUCCCUGUUAUGUAAGUACCUAUCACCGCAUCGAAUUUCCCGUUGUGAGUUCUGGACCGCAGAGGCUUGCUCAAGGAUAAAAACAAGAAAAAAAACAGUCCAAAGCACCUGGAUUUGCAGCAGCAACAAAACCGCUGUGUGUACCAUUGAGUGUAUUUUUCAUGUUUUGAGAGAAACCAACUUCUUUCCUAGUAA